AUGCCCGCGUUGACAUCGUUCGUCACCUACGAUGCGAGCCAUCCGUUCUCGCUCGAGAACCUGCCCUACGGCAUCUUCUCCAACGCCUCGAACCCGAACCGGCGCGCGGGGGUGGCCAUCGGCGACCUGAUCCUGGACCUAUGUGCGCUCUCGAAAUCUACCUGGUUCAAGGAUACGGGCAUCGACGAUCCGACAAUCCUGCAGCAGCCCACGCUAAACGCCCUGAUCGCCCUCGAGCCGGGCGUGUGGGCCAAGUUCCGCGCGUUCCUCCAGUCGCUCCUCUCUUCCUCGUCGCCCCUCUCAAAGGCCUCUGCCGAGGAAAAGGAACAGCUGUUCGCAGCACGCCUCGCACCUUCUGUACAGCUUCACCUGCCCAUCGAAAUCGGAGAUUACACCGACUUCUAUUCGUCCAUCGAACAUGCCACCAACUGCGGCGUCCUCUUCCGCGGAAAGGAGAACGCCUUGCAGAAGAACUGGAGAUGGCUGCCCGUCGGUUACCAUGGCAGGGCUUCCUCGAUCGUAGUCUCCGGGACGCCCUUCCACCGACCCUGCGGUCAGAUCCUGCCGCCGCAAGCCGAGGAGCCCGUCUUUGCGCCGUGCAAGAAGCUCGACUAUGAGCUCGAGAUGGGCUUUGUCUACGGUGGCAGCGCCACGAAGCCGGGCCAACGCCUGUCCUCCUCCGAGGCGCGGAAACAUCUCUUCGGGUGUUUCCUGCUCAACGACUGGUCUGCGCGCGACAUCCAGGCGUGGGAGUAUGUGCCGCUCGGCCCCUUUCUCUCCAAGAACUUCUGCACCACCGUCUCGCCCUGGAUCGUCCCCCUGCUGGCGCUGGAACCGUUCAAGGCGCCGCAGUACGACCACCAACCCGCCCUGCUGUCCUACCUCGAGGACGUCGACGGGUAUAACUUUGAUGUGCCGCUCAAGGUCGAGAUCCGACCCGCCCAGGCCAGCGGAGAGGUGUAUACCACCGUCGCCAAGAGCUCAGUCAAGCACACCUACUUCACUCCGGCCCAGAUGUUGGCGCACCACACCACCACCGGCUGCACCAUGCGGCCGGGAGACGUGCUCGGAACCGGUACACUCUCGGCGCCGGGGACAGAGGGCUACGGUUCGCUCCUCGAGAAAUCCGAGGGCGGCAAAAGGUCGUUCCGCCUCUUUACCGCCACGCCCGCCGUCAAGGUCGGCAGUCAGGGCGAGGUCCUCGUGGACGGCAAGGACGCCUCUUCCUGGAUCGACGCAAACAGCGUCGAACGCACCUUCCUCGAGGACGGCGACUCGGUCCGCAUGACGGCCAAGGUUGAAGGCGAUGGGUUCUGCAUCGGUUUCGGGGAGUGCGAGGCCAAAAUCCUCCCCGCCCUUCCGUGA